AAUAAUUCGAAUGAAAUUCUUGACUCUCAUCACGAGUUUUUGUUGUCGAAUUGGAAUUUUAGUAUUUGAAAAAAAAUUCAAUUUUUUAAAGUUUUAUCAUCGCAUUCAACAAAGAAUGGCACCAGUUGUACAGAUUUCUGCUACAAAUGGUAAUAAACCGGUACAAUCAACACCGGAUAAAUCAUUGUUAACGACAAACGCAUCAGCGACGACAACUUCUUCAAAAAAACCUAUUGAACGACGACCAGAAUUAUUCUGUAAAGUUAAAUACAGUAAUACAUUGCCCGAUAUACCAUUCGAUCCGAAAUUUAUUGUCUAUCCAUUCGAUACGAAUAGAUUUGUUGAAUAUAAACAAACAUCGUUGGAAAAAAAUUAUAAACAUGAUUUACUCACUGAACAAGAUCUUGGUGUCACUAUUGAUCUGAUCAAUCCCGAAACCUAUGAGGUUAAUGAAUAUAAAAAUGUUCGACUGGCUGAAGAAGAUGAAAAACUUCUUGAAGAUGAAAUUGCCGCACCACAAGAUACAAAACGUUCACGUUGUCAUAAUCGUGCCAUUACUUGGUUGAAAAAGACUGAAUAUAUUUCGACGGAAUUCAAUCGUUAUGGUGCAAGCAGUGACAAAACUGAAACAAAGGUUGGUUUCGGUGUUCGUAAACGAAUGCGUGAUGAAAAUUUCUAUUUGGAUCGUGAUAGUCAAAUUGCCGCUAUUAAUAAAACAUUUGAAUCGGCUAAGAAACCGAUUCUAUCACAUCCGGGAAAACCGGGUCUAAAACCAGUGAAAACAUGGCCAGUGUUUCCAGAUUUUGAAUUAUGGAAAUAUCCAUUUGCACAGGUUAUGUUUGAUGCUGAUCCUGCACCACCAGAAAAAGAGAAAGAAAUGUCUCAAGCUAUGAUACGUGGUGUAAUGGAUGAAAGUGGUGAACAAUUUGUUGCAUACUUUCUGCCUACUGAAGAUUCAAUGAAUAAACGUAAAAUCGAUGAACUUGAGGGUCGCGAUUAUACUGAAAAUGAAGAAUAUGAAUAUACUAUGGCACGUGAAUAUAAUUGGAACGUAAAGAAUAAAGCAACAAAAGGUUAUGAAGAGAAUUAUUUUUUCGUAUGGCGUGAUGAUGCCGUUUGCUAUAAUGAACUGGAAACACGUGUUAAACUUAGUAAACGACGUUUAAAACAUACGGCAACCAAUUCAAAAUUAGUUGUCAAACAUCGACAAUUAAAUGAACAGGAAUAUAAAAUUCAAGAAAUUCGUAUGACACAAUUGGAACCGCCACAAGAAGAUGAUGAAUUAGCAGCAGCGGUUGCAGCUGCUGCCACUAAAUCUGAAAUGAUGGAAUACAAUGAAAAUGAUGAUCAUCAACAGCAACAACAACAAUCGGAACAGUCACAAGAACACGAUCAAGAGAUGAAUGAGGAAAAUGAGGGCCAUAAGAAAAAAUCUCGAAAUAAAAAGCAUCGUAAUGAAAGUGAUGAUGAAGAAUCAGCCGAAUCAAAAUCAUCAUCAUCAUCGGCAUCUUCAUCUGCCGAUUCAUCUUCAGCAUCAUCAUCUGAUUCAAGUGAAGAAUCGGAUAAUGAUGAAAAUGAUCGUAAACAAAAACAGAAACAAUCAUCACCAAAACAACAACAAAAAGAUGUACAAAAGAAAAAACAAGAAAGUUCGGCCGAAUCAUCUGCUCAAUCAAGUGAUGAUUCUGAUAGUGAUGGUGGAAGCGGCGUUAGUAGCGAUAGUGACAGCGAUGAUGAUCAACGACAACAAACAAAACAGAUUUUUGGUUCCGAUUCAGAUUGAUCAUGAACAAAUAAUCAUUAAUGAAAACUAAAAGAAUCAUAGUCAUUAUAUUU